AUGAAUUUACCAAUAAUUUAUAAAGAUAUUUCUUACAUUCCCAAUUCUACUAAUUCACAACAAACACUUGAUUUAAUUAUACCUCCAUUUGUAAAUAAAGUUGAAGAAGAAGAUGAUGAUGAAAAAUCUUUAUUACCACCUAUUAUUGUAAUAAUUCAUGGUGGAGCAUGGGUUUCUGGUGAUAAAAAUGAUUUUACAACAAUGGGUCAUAAUCUUUGUGAAUCAAGUCAUUUCGCUAUAGCGAUUGUAAAUUAUCGUUUAAGUACAAAAGAGAAUCCAGAAAUUAAACAUCCAAUUCAUGUACAAGAUGUUGCAAGUUCAAUUUAUUGGAUAUCUCAACAUGGUAAAGAAUAUGGAUUUCAAGAAACUAUGAUUUAUUUAGCGGGUCACAGUGUAGGAGCUUUUAUAUCUGGUCAACUUAUUUUUAUUCCAGAAUUUCUUGAUUCUCAUAAUCCCAAAUUAUCAGAAUAUAUUAAAGGUGUAAUUGGUAUUCAAGGAAUUUAUGAUGUUUAUUCAUUAUUUCAAAUUUGGCCAGAAUAUAUUAAGUAUAUAGAACCAGCAUUUGGUAAAGAUGAAUUAUUUUACAAGAAAUCAUCACUUACGAAUAAUAAUAUUAAAGGUAUUGAUAAAAUACCUCCAUAUUUAAUUAUUCAUUCAAAAGAAGAUGAAUUAGUAGAUGUUAAUCAAAGUUAUAAUUAUUAUUUAUAUUUAAAGAAUUGUGGAGGAAUCAAUAUAGAAUUUAAUACUUCAUUAAAAGGAAAUCAUGAAGGUAUAUUACAAACUGAAGAAUUAUUAAAAGUUAUAAUUGAAUUUAUUGUAAUGAGUGAAUUAAAUGUAAAAGAUUGGAAUAAGUUAAUGAAUGAAACAAUGGAUAAGAUUAAAUUUGACUUAUAA